AUGAGGGUGCUGGACACUAAAUUGAAAGUGAGUAUUGCAGCGCAAGUGUGUUGUGCAGUAGCAUACCUGCAUCUACAACCGCAACCAAUAGUUCAUCGAGAUAUAAAGCCAGCAAAUAUUUUGGUAAACGAAUACUUUGUCACUAAAUUAUGCGAUUUAGGUUUGGGAAAAAGUGACCUAUUUUCUAAAACUCUACAAUCUACGCACGUCGGCCGUUGGCGGGGAACUUUACUGUACAUGGCUCCAGAAAUUCUUCUAGAAAAUAAAGAAGCGAACGAAAAUUCAGAUAUUUGGUCUCUUGGUUGCACUUUAUUGGAACUAUUUAGCGAAAAACAUGUUUGGAAUGUAUCGACUGUAAAUAAUAUGAUAGCUAAGUUAAUUAAUCAAGAAACACCAAGUAUUGAAGGAUUCCCGCGUAACCUCCAGGUAGAAAUGGGCAAGUGUUUUUAUUAUAAUUCAGCAAAACGUCCAAAUAUAAGUCGUCUUUUACGUUUACUAGAAGAAAAAUAA